AUGAAUCCAAAUCACUUAAUACAAUUAGCAAAACCAGAAGAGAAACAUCAAAAUAAGUUAGAAACUAGCGUUCUACAUACCAAGGAUGGGAACUCCUUUAUUGAAGAAGGCAGGCAGGGAAAUGUACUUCAAAGGCUAGGCCCCCAGGGAGGUCAGCCAGACAACCAUCGCAACGAGGAUCGUGAAGAAAGACGCUCAGCUGUCCACUAUCAGAGGAGCAAUCAAGAAAGGCUAGGUCCCCAGGGUGGUCAACUGGAUAAUCCUCACAAUGAGGACCACGAGGAAAGACGCUCCGCUGCUCACUCUCGAAGAGGCGGUUCUCGUCGACAAGCUACAGGGAAUCUCUCGCAGGCGCAGUCCACCAACACGCCGCCUAGGCAGAACAGACGAGAAGGUCGACCCUCGCAGACCAACGAGGAGGUCAAUCAGCGUCGCCAACGAGACCGACCAGCAAUGUGUGUGGAGGACAUAGAGAAGUUUAUGAAUGACCGACUUCGAGACUUGAAGACCGGUGGGAAUUUCAAAGAUAUACUACGUAAGGAGAUCGACCAGGCAAACUCCACGCCUUUCACGGCCAAAAUCGAGCAGGCUACUCCCUCGAAGCGGUUCUCAACGCCUUCGUUUACACACUUCAAAGGGGAUUCCGAUCCCGAGAGCCACCUAAAACACUUUAAAAGUGUCAUGAUCCUCCACAAGGCCGACGACGCGCUGAUGUGCAAGGUAUUUGUAAUGACCUUGCGAGGAGCAACCCAAGAUUGGUUCCACACCCUGCCAUCCGGGUCGAUCAGCAGCUUCAAGGAGCUGACAUACGUCUUCACCAAAGAAUACACCUCUUACCAAACAAGAAGAACCCUGACUAUCUGUACAACUUGCGCAAGAAGUCCGACGAAUACCUUUGAGAUUACAUCAAGAGAUUCAAAGCAGAAAAUGCCAACAUUGUAG